CUCCCCUCCCCCCAUCCUCUAAGAUCACACAAUCGGCGCUGCUCCUCGCUUCCUCCUCUUCCUCCUUCCCGUUGUCACUCACGACUGGAGAAGCACGCGUUUUAUCCGCCGGCCUGGUUUCUCACCGACAAGACAAAAAAAACCACAGCAAUGAUGUCUAAGAAGACCCCCCAGUGCUCUGCAGUGGAUCAGUCGGAGCAUGAUCAGCCUCCCAGCCAGUGUCAGGUGGACCGGUCAGCGAACGCAGCACUGGGGUGUAGGAACAAGGUUGAAUCAGGUCAAAGAAAUGGAGAGACAGCAUCAUCAUCCCCAGAGAGCGGCAGCUUGAACGGAGAUGGAAAGCGUACCGGGAAAAGCCGCCGCCGCAAAAAACGUUCAUCCAAUCCCGAGAGUCGCCCUGAGGGGAAGGUUGACAGCAAGACCAAGAAUGAAGAGAAGCCAGACAAAAGAACCAGCCAGCCACCUGACCCCUGUGCUGGGCUGAUUGGCCUGCAGUCUGAGUGUGCUAAUGUGUGGUUUGAGCGCAGCAUCUAUGAGCAAGCAGAGAGCCUCUACCAGUGCUGGUUGGCGAGCUCCUCCAAUGGGACCACCCAGUCAAACCGGUCACCUCCAGCCGCAGGAAAACCCUCAAACUCUCCAUCCACAGUGGGGCCAUCUUCCUCGGGACUGGUGUGCCACCAUGGCGAUCAGGUGGCCUGCCACCAUGUCGUCCAAGCUGUGUGGGUGAACAAGACGACAUUUGACCAAGCAGAACGCCGCUUUGUUGAAGAAUCCAUGCCGUCCAUUCCAAACUCUCUGGACCUCCCAUCCCAGCCUAACCGCUCCAUCACGCCCAGAACACCUGACGAAGGAUAUCAGUCUUUAGCGCCGACUCCUGCUACCCCCGUCAUCCAACAAGCAGCUGUCACGCCAACCAAUCGACAGUCAAUUAAUGGACUACCCCGCAUCCCUGUGGAGCUGCUUAGAGAUGUGUGGCUGGAGAAACCGCUGUAUGACCGCGCAGAAGCGGCGUUCUACCAGAAUCUCUACGGUAACAAUUCCUCAAAACGGUCCAGCUGUGCCUCCACUUCCAGAAGUAGCGACCACCCUCAAAGCCUCGUAGAAGAGGAGGAGGAGGAGGAAGAUGAGGAGGUGUUGGUGGAGGAAAAACGGGUGGUCCCGCAGGGCAAAGCAGAAGUCUUCCACGCUCUGCUCCCUAUUCAGGAGGAAGAGGAGCCACCUGAGGUCCCAGCGAAGGAAGAUGUGUCGGGGGCCGGAGUCCGCUACUUUGUUCAUCCAGACAGCGAGCGCGUGUGGCUGGACAAGUGGCGGUAUGAUGCUGCAGAGAGUCGUUUCCAUGGUUACAAUGGCAGCGAAGCUGAGGUGGUGAAGAAGGCUCGGAGGCCAGAGGCAGCAUCAGUUGCCUCCGCCGCCCCGCAGAGGGACAACAUCAUGAGUUCAGUGGACUUCCUGGCCCAGGAGAAGAUCUGGUUUGACAAACCGCGCUAUGAUGAGGCAGAGAGACGCUUCUAUGAGAGCGUGAAUGGAUCCUCACAACCAACACAGGAUGUUGGAGCUCACACCAUUCUGCAAGACAUUGCUCGGGCCCGAGAGAACAUCCAGAAAUCUCUAGCAGGAAGCACCAGCAGUCCAGCUGAUCAAGGAGAACUCAUCUCUCGCAUCAAGAGCCUGGAGGUGGAGAACCAGAGCUUAUACAAAGUGGUGGAUGACUUGAGGGCUGCGCUUUCCAAACUGGAAUGUCGGGUAGCAGUUCUGGAGAAAUCUCCUGCGUCUGUGACCCCGGCUCCCACUCCGUCAGUUCCCUACACAAAUGGCACUGCCGUCCAGCAGAAGACCAGUCCUCCGGUUAAAGAGGAGGAGGAGGAGGAUGACGACGAUAUUGACCUGUUUGGUAGUGAUGAAGAUGAAGAGGCAGAGCAACUCAAAGAGCAGAGGUUGAAAGAGUACGCGGAGAAGAAGGCCAAGAAGCCCAGCAUCAUCGCCAAGUCUUCAAUCUUAUUGGAUGUCAAACCUUGGGAUGAUGAAACUGACAUGGCGAAGCUGGAGGAGUGUGUGCGCUCGGUGCAGGCUGACGGCCUGUUAUGGGGCACGUCCAAACUGGUUCCUGUGGGUUACGGCAUCAAGAAGCUCCAGAUUGCAUGUGUGGUGGAGGACGACAAGGUGGGAACAGACAUGUUGGAGGAAGAAAUCACCAAGUUUGAAGACUAUAUCCAGAGUGUUGACGUAGCAGCUUUCAACAAGAUCUAAUUCCAGUGUCUCUUUCUGUCUUUUGUCAUGCCUUGUUUCUCUGCUGAUUGUGUCAACGGUUAAUAAUAAUAAAAACAGACUCUUGCACUGAAA